AUGUCUGACAAUUCUGAUGACGAGUUCAAUGAUGAAUGCGACUAUGAGGAUGAUGCUCGUCACCAUAGUAUUGUCCUCACAGAAUUUAUCAGUAGACUUCCGGAUAUUUCUGAGCAAGUAAGAAAUACACUAUUCGACGCAUUUUCCAAGUCCAGCGCUUUCAAUGCAAAAGUUUAUAAUUUGCUUCUGGAUGCCUUGGCGAAUCCUACUAAAGGCUGGAAUCUAAAUGAUUAUGAUUACCAAGUAAACGCAUUCAUUAGCAGAGCUAGCAAGAUCUGUAAUGGGCAGAGCCCAGAAUUUUUGACUCAUAGCCUAAGUGUCAAAUUAUCUCAUGAUGUGUCGAUCAUGCCAACUGUGAAAAUCAGCACUAGACAUAUGGAGCAUAAAUAUCGCAUUUGUCAUGCAGUCAUGUGA